AUGUUUCGAAUAUCUUUAAAUAAUUUAAUUAAAAGGCAAAUACAUGGAAAUGCAGAAAUAAUAGAGAAAUGUAAGGAAAUCAUAAACCGUAAUCCACGAAAUUUAGAACGUUUAAGGAUCGCCAGAAAACCUAUAGGUUAUGCCCUUGAUACACGUGAAAUUACAUUUUGGCAUAAGCUUGAAAUAUACGCCACUCAGCGUAAUGUUAUAACAGAAAUACAUCAUUUUGAAAAUGGUCCUAUUAUUAGAGUCUCAAGUAUGGAAUGGGGAAUAAAAAAACAAUUAUUUAGCACAAAAGACACUAUAGCAUACAAAUUCGUAGGACGUGUGCUUGCACAACGUUGCUUAGAAAGUGGUAUAUCUGAAAUUUAUGUUAAUGAUUCAAUUAUUGUUGGAAGUAAGGUACAAUUACUAUUAGAUACAUUAUCAGAAUGUGGAAUUUGCUUAAAAGAACCAGAAAGAUAUAAAGUUCCAAAACCUGGUAUAUUGGUUCAUCCAGAGAAGCCUUGGGAAACAUAUGAAUAGUUUUUAAUUACAUGUGAAUAUUAUAUAUCAAUAUGAAUGUUAUAUAAUAAAUGUAUAAUGAAUGACAAUAUAUAUAAUGAAUAUAUGACAAUAAAUUUAAGUUAUAAUAUAUAUCUUUAUAAUACUAUAUAUAUGUAAAUUUUUCUAAUUAUAAUUUAUUAUAUAAUAAACCAAAAUAUGAUAUUAA